AUGUUUGAAAUGCCUCAUCUAAAUGAGGAAUCACUGCAAGAAUAUGAUGAACUAGAGCUUUGUUAUAUGGAAACAGUCAACAACGCAGGAAAACAAAAGGAGUUUAGAGGAAUAGACCAUGGAGAUGAUCAAGCUGCAAUCCUAAACCUUAACAACAAACUGUCGCAAAUUCUUGAUGAUGAUUCCUCAUGGAGUUUGAAUUUAGACAAUACCUUUUUUCAUGUCAAGCUAGGGUUAUUCAGAUAG